AGUAGCUCUAGCGGUUAGGUGACACACGUCAUUCCCCCUCCUCGUCAUGUCGGUGCGUCUCUCAGCGCAGUAUUUUUCUUGCAUUGCGCGCUGCGCAGGCGUCACCGCUGACGCCUGCGCAGCCCGCCGGCACACCGCGCACCACUGCACCGACACGCAGCGGCGUUGUAUGACGUACUCCACUUUCGGUGCCAUGCGGAAGAAAACUCAGCACCGUAACGAAAACACAUCUGCGAGCUCCCCGCCAACUCACCCCGGCGCGUCGUCGUCGUCAUCGCGGCCGCUGCAGUCCUCCGUGCAGAGCCGCAAAGAGGCAGAAAUGGCCUUCCCAAAGACCCUUAAGAGUGGACGGCCGGCGCAGCAGAAUACCGUGUCGCAGCAGCUCUUCUACGCGAACACGGCCAACGCGUUGGAGAUGGCGCAGCAGCGGCAACGGGACCGCGAGUACGCGCAGCAGAUGCGCGAGCUGCACUCGAAGAGAGGCGCCGCAGACCGCCGCUUCUUCCGACGCAGCUCUGACUACCGCGACAUCCAGGACGCGGACCCGUACGCCGCCAUAUUUGGGGAGUCGGGCGGCACGCAGCGGCUGCGCACCGCGGCGUGGCAGCGACAGUUUGAGAAGGAAAAUGAGAAGGUGGAGCUGCCGUAUGAGCGGACGAACGUCAUGGCGCGUCUGGCGCCGAACUUCUUUGUGCGCUACUUCGUGAACCUCCGCGACAACGGCGGCGCGGACCACUUAUACCUGUUGUGGACGUGCGCCUUCACGGCCGUGUCCUCCCUGGCGUUGGUGGGCUACCUCUUCUACACCCCGCCCUCAAGGGCGCGUCCGACGAGUGAGAUUCGGUAA